AUGUCAUCAUUUGUAACAUGGUUAUUUGAAUCUGUUAAGCGAUUAUCAGAACAAGAAAUGAACCAAAUGGCCCAUUACUGGUACGGAAAGAAAUUAAUUUACCAUGCUGAAAUAUCUGAAAGAAAAGAAGCAUUCUUUCAUGAAAAAGUAUCUACUCGCAUCAACUUUCAUUUUAAAGAUUCUCCUUUGACAAAAGUUUCACACAAACCCUUGUAUGAGUCUGUUGAAAUUAUCAGCUGCAUCGGUGGUUAUUUGGGACUGUGGCUGGGAUUGUGCAUGAUCUCUGCUGCCGAUCUCUCACUUCUAAUUUUCAACAAUUUACUGGUAUCUUUUUAUAAGUGCAUCGUCUGCUUGAAGAAAAUUUUGCUUCAAUAUCCAAGGAGUGAAAUCUUACCAGAAAUGUAAUACGGAUUUUCAAAUAUGCUGUGCCAGCUAAUUUUGAAGGUUUUGCCUGCUAUUAAUAGUAUAUUAUUGUUAU